AUGCCUAAACGUAAAUUUCGGACCGUCUGCAGACGCGUUAUCAAUCGUAUCGUGAUUAUAAAAAAACUAAAAGGUAACUAUAGAACCACUUGGGCUCGCUCAAAUAAUGACAGAAUCUGGAGGUUCUCACAAACGACGUCAGAAGCUGAAAGGACGGCUGUCAGUGGAUCGGUGUGCGAUUCUGGAGCUGAUUGUACAGUGUAUAUGCAAAUGUACAAUAACUUGUUUCGAUUACAGCUGUGUUCGGACAAUGCGACGCAUUUCAAAAAACUCGCACAAUCGGGCGCCAACGGAUACAACGAGCGGAUGCCAGUCGUUCAGACGGUUUUGCAAACCUCUAUUGAGACACUAAAAGGAAACAUCAAAAAGCUUCAAGAAGUUGCCCCUAAAUACGAUUACGACGAGAAAACGCCAGGAAAUGGGUAUAGGUGGGUAAUUUUUUACUUUCUGGGUGCAUGUAUAUUCAUGUUCUCCUUUUUUCAAUUGGUCACGUUAGUUCAUACUUCCGUUUUUUUUCUUCUUUUUCACCAGAAUAUGCCGAAAUUCUUCUGCCCAAAUAUGGCUCUCAACGAACUUCGAGAAAUUCCACUAGCAGGCGCAAUUCCGAUGGAAGGCAAAAACGGAGAACUGGUGAUGGUUCCAGAACCAUCAGCUCACACUGGACCACGUCCAGUUCAAUAUCGUAUUCUCUCUACUGUUCAUCGUCAGAACAUGUCUUCAUCUGCCUUGUCAACCACACAUCCUCCGUCCAAAUACCUCGUACUUCACUGCCAUGGUGGAGGCUACGUGGCAACAUCUAGCAAGUCGCACGAGACAUAUCUCCGUCAGUGGGCCAAAGCAUUGAAUUGUCCUGUGGUGUCUGUUGAAUAUUCUUUGGCUCCAGAAAAUCCGUUCCCGAGACCAACGGAGGAAGUGCUCUUCGCCUAUUCAUGGAUCAUCAACAAUCCAGCAGCAGUCGGGUGGACAGGAGAAAAAAUUGUGAUGGUUGGUGACUCGGCUGGUGGAAAUUUGAUUAUGUCGGUCAAUAUUCGUCUUGUCCAACUGAACAUCAAGCGACAGCCUGAUGGGCUCGUCCUCUGUUACACACCAUUUUUGUUCCAGGUUAGCCACUUGACGCACUUAAAAAUUAAGAAAUUUGAAUUCUUUCAGUAUUUGCCUUCACCGUCUAGAAUGCUGAGUGUCAUGGACCCACUUCUCCAUAUGGGUGUAGUCUUGCGAUGUGUGGCUGCGUACACUGGAGCCUAUGGAGCACAAAUCAACAAUAACAAGUUGAGAAAAAGUAGGAAUAGCAUUGGAGGAACCGAUAUGUACGCUUCGCAUCGAUCUCUUCAAGAGUAUGUCAAUGAGGUUCAGAAGACUAGAGUUGAUUUUUCGGGAGGAUCUCAAUCAAUUGUUUCCCUUGUACAAAAGAGUCAUGACAACGGCGGGUUCGCCAAGACAAACGGAAAUUCAUAUUAUAAAAAGGAGACCAAGACAGAGAUUGAAAUUGUCAAGAAGACGGAAGAAGUGGAGAAAGAUGGGUGUGAAAGUGAAGACGAUGCUUUGGAAACCACUAGUAUCGCUAGCGUUCAAGUCGAUGCGGAUCCGUUCCAUAUCCAACUCAACCAUACAUUGCACGACGAUGACCUCAUCAGCUUCCUUAGUCAUCAUCCCAUCACCAAAGAUGCGAUGAGUCACACGCCGGAUAUCAGUGAGGACGACAUUGAACUUCUUGAUAGUCCAAUAGAAUUGGGUCUUGAAGCGACUGAGAACUUGGUGAUCGAGGAAGAGCAUGAGGAGAACAAGAUCGGGGACGAGGUGUCUACACCAUCCACGGAGAGCAUUCCAGAAGUUCACACCACUAAACGCCCACGUCUUCUUCAAAUGCUAAGUAGUGUGACUUCUCGUGAAAGUCGUGACAACUCUCAAACCGCACCAUCCACACCGUCGCAACAGCCAAAGCCGCUCACUCAUAGUAACUCGAUGAACGGGUUUAAUCCUCCAGUGCACAAGCGAUCACUAUCGCAAAGUUUGGCGGACACUGCUGCUUCGACGGCUGCAUACGCGCUCGAUAACUUGCAAGAUUGGUUUGAGCGGCCGCUGAAGGAGAAGCAAAAGUUGGAUCGGACUGUUUCCAGAAAAGACGAAGGAGAUAUUUUGGAAGAAGUGCUGGAGGAGGAUGAGCAGCCAUCGCAUCUUCUGGAGCUAGUAUCCGCGGGAACUGUGCCUAGAGACCCUCUCAUUUCACCAAUGUAUGCUGAUAAUGAAACAAUCUGCCAGUUGCCACCUUGUUAUUUCAUGGCAUGUCACAUGGAUCCACUGCUUGACGACACUAUUUCAUUCGCCGGAAAGCUCCGUGAUGCCGGUGGCAAAGUGAUGUCAGUCGACUUGCUCUCAUCCGUUCCUCAUGGAUUCCUCAACUUCACUCUCAUUUCUCCUGAAUGCAAAAAGAGCGGACAAGUGUGCAUUGGCCGUCUCAAAGAAGCUCUUGGGAUCAUUGACGAAUAA